AUGGCUAAGGCAGAGACCCGGCCUGAUUGGACGCUUCGCCACUUGCUCGUCAAUGGCGGCAAGCGAGCAUUGCCGACCCUCAACGGAUCGUGCUGCUACGGAACUCCCUUCUGCAGGAAGUACCUACCCGCCGUCUUGUCCCUCUUCCACGACAUGCUCUCCGCCGGCGUCUACCCGAACCGCCUCCACCUUUCCUUCGCCGCUUCGAUCCUGCAAUCGGCUCUCAGCUCUUCCACUUGGACCUUCCACGCCUUCUCUGGCAAGGCCGGAUGCGAGCUUGAUCCAUUCGUGGCCUCUACGACUCUUCGGUUGUACGGUGAAUGCGGUUUCAUGGAUGAGACCCCCAAGCGUUCGACGAAAUGCCUCAAAGAGAUGUCGUCUCUUGGUCGAGCACGGAUUGGCGGGUUGCGGAUGUUAAAGAGCGCAUUCUUGAGAAAUACCGCUAGGGCAAUUGCUAGUAUUACAAUGUAUUCUAAGUGUGGUAUUGUGGAAGAUGCAUGGUCUAUCUUUGAGAGGAUGCUGCAUAAGGACUGUACAUCUUGGACUGCCAUGGUUGUAGGCUAUGGCAUGAAUGGUUUUGGUCAGGAUGCAAUUUCCCUUUUUGAUAGGAUGAAAGAGGAAAGUGGCAUCAAGCCAGGCGAUAUCCCCUUCAUUGAAAUACCCUCUGCUUGCGGUGAUGCAGGGCUGAAAGAAGGGUUUUGCCGUCACCUCUACAUUAUGCUUGCAUUGUUGAUCUUCUCGGUCGUCAAGGCUGUCUGUAAGAAGCGUACCUGUUGA